AUGAGUGAGAAACAAAUUCUUAAUGAUAUAGAGCUCCAAGAUGAGAAUGAAAAAGAGAGUCUUUCUUCAACAGAAGAAGAGACGUACUUUGAAAACGAUGAUGUUGCAAGAUAUGAAAAGAAGAAGAUUAACCCAUUCUUUAAGUUCUUCAGAACGUUGUUUUUCAGAAUGACUUUUGACCAAAUACUGAAAGGUCGAAAAGGUAAUUUGAGCAUUAAGGAUAUGAAUGAAAUUCCAAGAACGUUACGACUUGAGAAAUACGAAAGACAACUGUCCAAGCAGUGGUCUAAAGAAGAGCACUCAAAGCAUCCUUCUCUUUUCAGAGCUAUAUUCAGACAAGAAUGGAUGCAAUUUGUUUUGAUAUACUUUACAACAGCAAUUUACGAGUUGUUUGCUCUUGCAUUCCCACUCAUGAGUUCAUUUAUUAUCAAGUGGUUGAAUAAAGAAGACGCUGGUGUUGGAAUGGGUAUUUUGUGGAUCGCUUUGACAAUACUUUUCCAAUUAAUAACAACAUUGUCAAGUGAAUUUACAAAGAAGUGGGCCUUUACUCUUGGGCUUCGAAUUAGAAAUGGACUUAUUGGAAUUAUAUAUGACAAGGCUCUUAAACUGAAUUCUGCUGGUAUUGUAGAACCCGGAAAAUUAAUCAAUCUUAUGGGAAAUGAUUGUCCAGUAUAUAUUGGAAACAUAGAAAUGAUUAUGUUUGGUAGUGCAUCUCCAGUGAUGUUCAUAGUGUUGUUUGUGUUGAUAUGGAACAACAUGGGCAAGUGGGUGUAUGUUCCACUUGUUGUGUUUGUAGUCUUUGUAGCACUCAAUGUAUUCUUUGGCAUGAUGUAUGGGUUCUUCUAUUACAAGUUCAUUUAUGCAAAGGACAAAAGACUCUCAUUUUUCAGUGAGAUACUCAAAAAUAUUAAAUUUGUGAAGUACAACAGAUGGGAGAAACCCAUGGUAAAAAAGACAUUAGCUAAAAGAGUUCUUGAGAUCAUCUUCCUGUUCUUUGUUGGUUUCUCGCGAAGUUUAUUCUUCUCAUUGGCUAUCCAAAUUGGUUCGGCGAUGUCAAUCGCAAUCUUCACUGUGAUGAUCUUUAAAGAGGCACAAUUCCAACUUGCAGCGGUCAUCACGACAAUUUCAUUAUUUAAUUCAAUUAGAGUCCCAGUCAGAACAAUUGGCCUUUUGGCUACUUGCACAAGUACCAUUAACGUUGCCAUGACCAGAAUUGAAAAGUUCUUACUUACUCGAGAACUUCCCCCAAUCAGCAUUAACAACUCUUCCUCAGAGAAUGCAAUUGAAAUGAAGAAUGUUAAAUUCAUUUAUCCAAAUGGAGAGACUGCAUUUGAAUGUGAAGAUUUGAAUAUCAAAAAGGGUGAAUUUGUUUGUGUAAUUGGAAGUGUAGGAAGUGGAAAGAGUUCUUUCCUUAUGUCAGUGUUGAGUGAGUUGGAAAGACAGGAAGGCGAUGUGACAAUCAAUGGCAAAGUGACUUAUGCAAGCCAAAAUCCAUGGUUGAUGAAUUCUUCAGUCAGAGAAAACAUCCUAUUCUUAAACUCUUUUGAUAAAAAGAAGUAUAACCAAGUCGUCAAAGAUGCUUGUUUGGUAACAGACAUUGAUUCUUUAAUGGGUGGUGAUGCUUAUGUUGUAUCAGAAAAGGGGUCUAAUUUGUCUGGUGGUCAAAGACAAAGAAUUGCACUUGCAAGAGCCUUAUACGACUCAAAAGACAUCAUGUUGCUUGAUGACCCUCUAAGUGCAGUUGAUUUCCAAGUUGGAACAUACAUCUUUGAAAACGCCAUUCAAAAGUCGUUGAAACAAAAGACCCGAAUUAUUGUAACGAACCAAAUGUACUUACUUGAGAAGGCAGACAGAAUUUUAGUUCUUGAAAACAAUAAAUUAGCAUUCAAUGGUUCACUAGAAGAGUUGAAGAAAAGUGAUUUGGCUUCUUCACAACUUGUGAAAACACUUUCAGUUAAAAGUGAAAAAGCCGAAGACCAAACUGAAGAGAUCAUUACAGGUGACGCAUAUGCUACAAAAGUAAGAGAAGAGAGUAGAGAAGUUGGACGUCUUCCAUUAAGUGUCUAUUUCAAUUAUAUAAAGAGUGGAUCCUUCAUUUUGUUCGCAAUGGUUGUUUUAAUGUUGGUGGGCAGAAUUGUAGCACUUUACUAUUACAACGCCUCAUUGACCAAAUGGGGAAAAUCACUCCAUCCACUUUUGAAGUUGCCACAAGGAAAGAAAGAAUUUUUCUAUCAAUUCUGUUACUCAUUUAUUGGUGACACUGUUGGCGUUUUUGGCUGUGAAAUUUGUUUGGUCUUAUUCUGUAUCACUGUUUCUGUAAGAUUGCACAAACAAACCAUAAACAAGUUGUUGAGAUGCAAACUUGGAUUUUUCGACAUCACACCAAUUGGUCGUAUUCAAAACUUGUUCACCAGAGAUUUCCAUAUGCUCGACUUCAAUAUGCCUUAUUACAUUGAACCAUUGAUCGUCAACAUCUCCACUAUUUUGAUCACAUUUAUUACUAUUGUACAGACUAGUAUCUACUUGGUAAUCAUGGUUUUGGCUAUUUUGAUCAUUUUUGUAGCCAUUUACUCAUUUGUUAUUAAACCAGUCAUUGAAUUACAGAGGCUUGAUAGUAUUAUGAGAGGACCGAUCUUUGUUCACUUUGAUCAGACCAUUCUUGGACUCCCCAUUGUAAGAGCAUCGGGUGCACAAAUUUCAUUCAAAGAAAAGUUGAUUGCCAAAGUCAAAAAUAACACUGUUGCUUUAUACGCUUGCAAGAUGACCAAGUACUGGUUCCUCCAAAGAAGUGAUUGGAUAGGUGCCUUGAUCUCUAUUGUAACAGUCAUUGUAAUUGUUGUUACCAAACUCAAACACUCAAUGGAACCUUCCCUUGCUGGAACUGCACUCACUAACAUCACCUCCAUCCCAACUAGUAUCACCAAUUUCGCGAUGAGUCUUAUUGAGAUUGAGACUUUCAUGCAAUCAACUGAAAGAAUUUUGAUGAUAAACAAACUGAGAAAUGAAGAGUCGGAACGCGUCAAAGAAAAAUAUGUUGAACCUUCAAAAUUAUGGCCCACAACUGGGAAGAUCGAAUUUGUUGACUUCAAGUUUAGAUAUCGCAGAGGUCUUCCUGUUGUGUUAAAUAAGAUCAGCGCGGUUGUAGAAGACAAAGAAAAGUUGGUGUUGUUGGUCGAACUGGUAGUGGAAAGUCCACUUUGA